GGUAGUUAUGUCUGAAGGAUUUGUGUCGUUUGGAGUUCAGAAGCUUUGGGAUCUCCUGAGUCGAGAAUCUGAGCGACUGCAGGGAAUUGAUGAGCAAGUUGAUGGUCUAAAGCUGCAGCUGAGAAGGUUACGGUCUUUGUUGAAAGAUGCAGAUGCCAAGAAACAUGGAAGUGAAAGGGUGAGAAGCUUCUUAGAAGAUGUCAAAGACAUUGUUUAUGAUGCUGAGGAUAUCACUGAAUCCUUUGUUCUCAAAAAACUUAGAGGAAAGGAAAAAGGGAUCAAGAAGCAUGUGAGAAGACUUGAUUGCUUCUUGAUGGAACGUCAUAAAGUUGCUUCAGAUAUCGAAGGUAUCACUAAGAGGAUCUCUGAAGUGAUUGGGGGAAUGCAGAGUUUAGGGAUUCAACAAAUCAUUGAUCAUGGUGGUCGUUCGCUGUCUUUUCAGGACAGACAAAGGGAACAGCGGGAGAUCCGGCAAACGUUUCCUAACAGUCCUGAAAGCGAUCUUGUCGGGGUGGAUCAGAGUGUUGGAGAAUUGGUUGGUCAUUUGGUGGAUAAUGAUAACGUUCAAGUGGUUUCUAUAUCUGGGAUGGGUGGUAUUGGUAAAACCACUCUGGCUAGACAAGUCUUUCAUCAUGACUUAGUUCGACGUCAUUUUGAUGGAUUCGCAUGGGUCUGCGUUUCGCAACAGUUUACACAGAAGCAUGUUUGGCAGAAGAUAUUGCAACAACUUCAGCCACACGAUGGUGAGAUUUUACAGAUGGACGAAAAUGCACUCCAGCAUAAACUUUACCAACUGUUGGAGACAACUAGAUAUUUGGUUGUUCUCGAUGAUGUAUGGAAAGAAAAAGAUUGGGAUCGAAUAAAAGAAGUGUUUCCGCGAAAAAGAUGUUGGAAAAUGCUACUUACUUCUCGGAAUGAAGGUGUUGGCUUCCAUGCCGAUCCAACAUGUUUACCUUUUAGACCAAGAAUCCUUAAUCCGGAAGAAAGUUGGAAUCUCUGUGAGAGGAUAGUAUUCCUUAGGAGAGAUGAAACUGAAUUAAGGCUUAAUGAAGAAAUGGAAGCCAUGGGAAAGGCAAUGGUCACAUAUUGUGGAGGACUACCACUAGCUGUUAAAGUGUUGGGAGGCCUGUUAUCUAAUAAACAUACAUAUCAUGAGUGGAAAAGAGUAUAUGACAAUACUGGAGCUCGAAUCGUUGGAAAAUCUUGCUUAGAUGACAACAAUCUCAAUUCGGUUUAUCGAGUAUUGUCUCUCAGCUAUGAAGAUUUGCCUACGCGUUUAAAGCAUUGUUUCCUUUACCUAUCCCAUUUCCCCGAAGAUUACAAGAUACAUACACGGACAUUGUUCCAUUACUGGGCUGCAGAAGGAAUCUACGAUGGAUCAGCCAUCCGAGAUAGUGGAGAAGACUACCUAGAAGAGCUAGUGAGGAGAAAUUUGGUUAUUCCUGACAAAAACUACUUGAGGUCGAGAUAUGAAUUUUUUCAAAUGCAUGACAUGAUGAGAGAAGUAUGUUUAUCUAAAGCCAAAGAAGAGAACUUCCUACAAAUUAUCAAAGUCCCUACUUCCACCUCUACCAUCAAUGCUCAGUCUCCUAGUAGAUCUCGCAGACUCACUGUCCAUAGUGGUAAUGCCCUUCAUGUAUUGGGACACAAAAACAAUAAAAAAAUCAGAUCUCUUUUACUUGUGGGACUCGAGAAAGAUUGGAAACAGUCAGCUCCAGGCUUCCAAAGUUUACCAUUGCUUAGAGUUUUGGAUCUUUCUUGGGUAAAGUUUGAAGGUGGGAAGUUACCUUCUAGCAUUGGAGGGCUCAUUCACCUGAGAUUUUUGUGUUUAUUUGAGGCUGUGGUAUCUCAUAUACCUUCUACGAUACGGAAUUUAAAGCUUCUACUCUAUUUGAACUUAGAGUUUGCUGAUGGGGUAACGGUUCGUGUGCCAAAUGUUUUGAAAGAGAUGAUAGAGUUGAGGUACCUUUCCCUACCUUUGUUUAUGCAUGAUAAAACCAAGUUGGAAUUGGGUGAUCUAGUGAACCUGGAGCACUUGUGGUAUUUCUCAACACAACACAGUAGUGUGACAGACCUCCUCCGUAUGACUAAGCUUAGGUCUCUCGCUGUAUCCUUGAGUGAAAGGUGUACUUUAGAAACUCUAUCGACAUCUCUCCGUGAAUUGCGAAACCUCGAGAUGCUUGAGUUCUUUGUUUCGCGUAUAACCAAUAUGGUUGAUUAUGUGGGACAGUUUGUUCUGGAUUUUAUUAAUCUUAAGGAGUUAGGAUUGAGAGUACAUAUGUCAAAGGUUCCUGAUCAACAUCGAUUCCCUCCCCACCUUGCACACAUAAAUCUAUUUAAUUGUCGCAUGGAGGAGGAUCCAAUGCCGAUUCUAGAAAAGUUGCUUCAUUUGAAGUCGGUUAAGUUAACAUAUGCGUUUGUUGGAAGGAAAAUGGUGUGCUCAAAUGGUGGGUUUCCUCAAUUAUGUGCUCUAGAAAUAUCCGAAGAAUCGGAGUUGGAAGAGUGGAUAGUAGAAGAAGGGUCAAUGCCAUGUCUUCGUACUUUGACUAUACAUGAUUGCAAAAAGUUGCAGGCACUUCCUGAUGGACUCAAGUACAUAACAUCUUUAAAGGAACUGAAGAUUGAAGGAAUGAAGAGGGAGUGGAAGGAGAAAUUGGUUGGAGAAGAUUACUACAAAGUCCUACACAUUCCUAGUGUUCAAUUUAUCAACUGUGAUGGCGAAUAAUGAGAAUAGCUAGUUGCAUAUAAACAUAAAUAGUAUAACGUUGUUCAUUGAUUGGAUUAUAUGUUACCAGUCUU